UGUUCCAUACACCAACAUUCACUUAGGCAACGCGCUCCGGAAUUAUGAGUAUGUGCUCCGGCUCCCCAAACCUUCGGCCUCAAAUGUCCUCGUCCAACGGCAAUGCCUCGAGCACCUUGGGAAGGUCGAUAUACCCCGCAGACCAUCGAAUUAUUCGCGGUUCUCCCCUCGGCGUCCUAGAACGCAUAUUCACCCAAGAUCUCUCGGAAGCUCAACCUGGCUUCAAACUUGGCCCGAGGGGCAAAAUCGAACUUAUUUGGCGAGACACUCUGUGGGGUGAUAUAUUUCAGCGCAUGUGUAUCGGUUGCUUGGUGGGUGCACCUUUUAUGCUCGUUCCGAUGAUCAUUCUACAGUUUCAAACGACGACAGCGUGGAAACUGUCAACGGUGUCAGUCGCGGUAUUGCUUUUCUCUAUAAUUUUGAGUAUCUCUACCGAUCAAAGCAAUGACGAGCAUCUUGUGGCUGUUGCAGCAUACGCAGCUGUUAUGGUUGUUUUUGUAGGGACAACGACGUACCAGGUUGUAUGUUUAUAAGGUGAAAAAAUUGUAAUAAGGAUGAUUGUACUUGAUAUUCAAACAAGCAGGAUUAUGUGAAAAUUCUUAAAGAU